UGAACAAAGCCCGCGUGUAAAUACACAAGCCAUUUUUAUAUUUCGUGGUCUAAUUUGUUUUCGGUGUACGUGUACAUAAAUACGUAUUUACGGGUGAUCGCGAACACUGUAUGUAUAUCGUUCUAUUUUGUAAAUGAGUUUCGCCGUCGGUUAACCAUUCUUAGCCGAGACGCUGAAAGAAAGACUAAAAACAUGGGAUGCAAUGCGGGCCGAUGCCUCGGUCCAGACGAUACGGGGUACCCUGGAUCAGAAUUCAUGGCAGCCAUUAGGAAGAAAUUGGUUAUUGUGGGUGAUGGUGCCUGUGGUAAAACUUGUUUACUCAUAGUCUUCAGCAAAGACCAGUUUCCUGAAGUAUAUGUACCCACGGUAUUCGAAAACUAUGUCGCAGACAUUGAAGUCGACGGGAAACAGGUGGAGCUGGCUCUUUGGGACACAGCUGGACAAGAAGAUUAUGAUAGGUUGCGUCCGCUGUCGUAUCCUGACACAGACGUAAUCCUAAUGUGCUUUUCCAUCGAUAGUCCCGAUUCCCUGGAAAACAUUCCCGAGAAGUGGACACCAGAGGUGAAGCACUUUUGCCCGAAUGUGCCCAUCAUACUUGUUGGAAACAAAAAAGACUUGCGCAACGAUCCUAACACCAUCAAGGAGCUUAGCAAGAUGAAACAAGAACCAGUAAAGCCCGAGGAGGGUAGAGCUAUGGCCGAAAAAAUUAAUGCUUUCGCUUAUCUUGAAUGUUCUGCUAAAAGUAAGGAAGGUAUUAGGGAAGUAUUUGAAACGGCAACUCGAGCUGCGCUACAAGUAAAGAAGAAGAAGAAGGGAAGAUGUUGGCUUCUUUAAGUAAAAUGCCAAGUGUACCCGGUAACGGGCAAAAUAAUGGAAUUGCGGAGCUAGCUGCAAUGGAGCUAGUUGUUAUGCCGGAGCCCCCCAGCGGAAACCAUAAUAUAAUAACAACUUAUCUUUAAUUAUUUUACACAAUAAAACAAAUCUAUGCAGAAAAAAAAACGAAAAACAACCACAAAAUGCGCCCGCAAUAUAAAGAACUGUCAUUGAUAAAACCGGAGACUUAAAAAAAACAUUGACUAAAUUCAAUACAAGUAUAUGUGCUAUAUAUAUGAAAAAAUCAUAAUGUAUAUUGUAAUGACUACUUGAUUGUAUUUUUUAAAUGGUAAUGAAUUGUGCUUCGAGUUUAAACAAUUAAACAAUUGUCAUACCAACUAUUUACAUUUACGGUACAUAAUUAUCUAUAUCAUUCUAUCAAUUAUUACUAUUAUUAUUAGUAUCUCUCAUUACUAUUAUAUGCAUUCUACAUUUUUUUUUAAUCGUAGUGGCUGUUUAUUUUUGGUAAUAAAAAAAAGAUACGUGAAAGAAAAGGACGACGGAGUUGGGGGAAUUCGUAACAAAGUUAAAGAGAGAGAGAGAGAGAGUGUGCGUGUGUGUGUGUGAGAAAAAGAGAGCGCACGAGCGAGAAAAAGAGCGAAACGGGGAGAGUAGAAACAUAAUAUGCAAUGCAAAGUCAUAGAAAGCAAUGUAAGAAUUAAAAACAGAUCGUUAAGAAUUCCAAUUGUUACGUCACUAUUUUACUGAACUAUGGCAUUAUCGAUAUUUCUUAAACAAGCAAACAAAAAAAGUAACAAACAUUAUAUUACAAUUAUAAAAUUGCGUAAGUAGACCAGCGGAUCAUUUUGAUCUAUACGAAUACCAUCUAGGCUAAAUGUAUUAUUAUUAUUAAUUAUUAUUAUUAUUAUUAUUAAUUAUUAUUAUAUUGUAAUACGAUGACACUAACAUUACGGAUUAUACAGCGGCUCUAUUAUAUUUAUGUAUUUCGACAACACAUCCCUUGUGUCCAAUCAAGCAUAUACAAACAAUGUUCCGAUUUGUUUGUUACACGACAUAUUCGAUUGAAUUGAUCCGUCUUGCUUAAUUUAUAAUUGAGAAAUAUUUCUGAACAACUCUAUUAACUUAGAGCAAAGAUAUAUUUCACAGAAAACGUUGGCUCUUACAGCAACGUUGCGCAACGUACACGACAAUUGCUUUCCAAAACCAUUUUUUGAUCGAAAGAAAUAUGUUCUUUAAGGAGAAGAAAACUAUCGAUUGAUUUACCAAUUUCAAGAAGUUACCUUGUAAAGCAUUGAUCAUCGAGCCUGUUAAGUUAUCCUGUACUUUCCUUCCUUUUAUUUCUUGUUCUUUCGUUUCUCUCUUUCGUUGAUGUGGAUACAUACUGUUUUAUACGCUUUCAAAUUUACAAGUCUUCUAUAACAAUUAAUCUGUAAGGUUCAUAAGGUCGUUGCUUUUUGCAAAAACUACUGAAUUUACGGCUGCAAUGCAGUCCUGGCCAUUGAUUCAAAGAAUGACUGUGGAAUUGUGUUCAACAAACGUUUUCUUUUUAAAACAGUUAGCAGUACUACCGUUAAAUUACGCUUUUAAACAGACACCUUCGUGAAGCUGCAGUCAAAAGCUUUGCAACGGUGAAGAUCAUCUUGUUCAUCGUGGAUCAACGGAUGGAUCGAAGGAACACGAUCGACAUUGAUCAACUUUUCGAUGCAUUAAACUUCGUUGUGUUAAAACGGUGAGCAAGACUUGUUUAUAUAGCGUUCAAAUCAAAUUUAUUGUACGCGUUCGAGUGAUCAGAAGAUGGCUGGUAAAGGAUUAGAAAUUUUUAAUCUUUAAUAGGAAGAUCCGUUGCAGAGUUUGCGAAAUGUUCUCUUAUAAUAAUUUCUAGAUCUGUACUGUUAAUUGAAACUGUAUCAGUGAAUCCUUUAUGGACCAUUUCUCUUAUGGUGUAAUAAACGCGAUUGUGAUUUCGAGCAAAAUAAAUCCUGAAAAAUUUGUAUAAACUACUCUACCAUAACUUUUUAUACAAUGAAACGUUAUGGGAUCGCCGGUCUCGUCGAGACAUAAUUUAUUCUCUAUCAAAGUUUUGAUCUUUGUCAGAAAGAAAAAAAGCGUUCGUGGGACUGAUUUUUUAAAAAGGUAAUAUACUGUCACGCGACUAGAGCUCAAACAAUAGCUACUGAUACUUUUUAUAACAGAGACUAAGCGUCGAUAAAUGCACAAAGCUUUCGAGAUAAGCGUAAACGUUUUAUUGAAGUUCUUUAUGUUUGAUGAAAGUCGAAAUGGCAGUGAUUUAUGCGCGACAAACACAAAUAAGAGAUAAGAAUGUUAUCUUUUUUCUUAUUUCGAUCGUCCGUACUGGUCCAUAUGGGAUUUAUAAUUGUAUAUGUAUAAAUGUUCGUAUAUGGGAUAGAAAGAUGUAAUAUGCCUCAACGAAGUGGCUCGUACAAUUUUUGUUUUCCAGCAUUUCUUUGCGGUGGGUAUGCAAGAGCAAUAAAAGUAUGAAUUACUUUGAUUCUCGGUUGUUCACGAUACAAUGUCGCGAGCAAUACACGUGCAUACAUAUAUAUAUUAUAUAUAUGUUAUACUUAGCGAGCGUAUUACCUGUUUUGUUGGUUUUGAAUGUUGAAGAUGUUACACGAGGUACGAACCGAACAAGAGAAAAGAAAAGAAAAGAAAACCGUUGUCUUCGAAGUCUCCACAAUCCCGUAAAGUCCCCGUACAAUUAGUUUGUAUAAUAUAGCUUGUCGUGCAGCUAACUUAAGAAGUUGAAAUACUUCCGAGAACGAGAACUUGACGAUUCACACACGUAGCGUUUUCUUCAAUAUCGAAGUGAGAACCGUUACUUUUUUAUAAUUAUCACGAGAAAUGAAUUCGAACGUGAAUUUCGUAGGAUUCUGGCAAAUUGUUCUCUAAUUAAUUAGCUUUUAUAUGUAAGAAGAUAUUUACUCCACGAUUGCUGUAAUAAUAAAUUGUAAUUAACAAUAAAAAUUACUUGUCAAAAUUU